GGGCAAGAGGCGCUGGACUGGAGUUGAAGCUAUCGUGUGUCUUGACCUCAGACGACCACCAUCUCGUCGCCGUCGCGUGCGUCCUGGAGCAUGCUCGCCCUCUAUCUCGGCUUGCUUUUAUUUCCUUCUUUCUCGUUGGCGUAUAGUUUCGUAUUCAACGACUCACCAAGGCAAUGCCAAAAUCUUUCCGUUAGCAUCACCGAUUCCGGGAACCCGCCCUACAGCUUGCUUAUCAUUCCUGUGGGCCCUUCACCGUUACCGAACAAUGUCGAGGCGAGAAGGAUAACACAAGUCAAUUUUACUGGAUCAGAGAGCUCUCUGAGUUUCCAGUUAAAGUUUCCGGGGAACUCACAGUUUGUCGCAGUGGUAUGUUUCAGCGUUCUUAUAUAUGCGUUAAAUCUCCUCCUUUUCUGCGCUAGCCUUUAUCUAUUCUCUCGCACUUCCCUCCUUUUAUGGGUUGUUCACUGACGUCUGCAAGCUCUCGGUUGUCGAGUACCUAAGUGUGGCCUCGUGGCGCAUUUCAUGAGCAUGUACUGUAUCACAGCUUUGUGGCCUUUACAAUUGCCAGUGGGUGCUGCGCGGCGACAGGUUUACGAAGAGGUUCAUUCGUGCCAUGAAAUCUGCGAAGUCGCGGUCAUUUCCGCCCGUUGUCGGUUCUUCCAUCAACUCUUAUGGUCUUCUCGGCUGUUCUAUUCGCAGCCACAUCGUGAUGGCGGGUUGGACAGGCCAUUCUUCGUGCCCAUUUAUGUCAGCGACAGCUCUGGUUUUGGAUCGGGAGGAACUAGCGGAGCAGUUACAGUACUUCAAGAUGAUGAUAGCUCAUGCUAUGAUUCUACAAAAACAGUGUCUCCGGCCUUCUCAUUCAGCAUCGUCCCGGCAGGUCAACUGACACAAUGCAGCCCUACUCGUAUCUGGUGGGAUCCCGCGCUAGUACAAGGUACCCCGAGUUUCCAAGGCGUCAUUCCGGGUGGACAGUCGUUCGCAGUGCCGCAAGGGAACCUGACGACUGUCGCUGAGCAAGGUCUGGGGUUCACCUGGACGCCUCCCGUGCGAGGAGGCACGACGGUGAUUCUGCUCGGUGGAGACAAUCGCGGCCCCGGCACAGCUGGAAGUUCGGUCUACGUUGUGAACGCCGGGGAAAACGACUGUUUGAGCGAUUCAUCACCUUCAUCAACACCUGGUUCUCCCGCUGGCGGUGCUUAUCCGACUUCCACAUCGAGUGCUGGUGGCUCCAAUGGAGGGUCGCACACGAACAUCGGUGCCAUCGUCGGCGGCGUUAUUGGUGGCGUCGUAUUCCUCAUAGCAUUGAUCCUCAUCCUGCUCUUCUUCCGCCGUAGAAGCGACUUGCAUCAAUCAGCCAAGGAACGUCCCGUAGAUCUUCUUCGGGACGACGAACAUGAGCAAGAGCAAAUAGCCAAUCAACAACUUCCGCGAUACUACGAACCUGAACCCUUCAUGGUUCCCGAUCCAACAGUUGCCUCAUCAGCAGGCGAUUAUGGAGACGACCCUGGUGCCUCCGUCGCCGGUCAUCUUCGACCCAGCACAGAUCGUAGAUACUCACGAUACUCUGGGACAACAUCCGAUCUCGGGCUCACCGUACGAUCUCCCACGCCUGAUCAGUCCACUUCGACUUCGACGACGUACAUGCGCAAGUCGCCUGCGCCACCUAGUUUCCGACCCGUCAAUAUUGUGCAGCAUGAAGAUGCUGGGCCGGGCGAUGAGCCUCCUCCAGAAGAACCAGAAACAAUUGAAUUGCCUCCUGCAUAUACCAAUAUUAAACAGUCUGCACCGCCAGGACCAGGACCUAGUGGUGCUGGAGCUAGCUCCGCUGAUACUGCUGAUGCUGCCGAUGCUGGAACGUCGGACGUAACGUCGACCGUUCCUAGGAAUGAGACUUCUCAAGCUUGAUAUUCCUUUCCUGUGAUAUGCGACUAUUCCCUCCCGACUUAGACAACCCACGGACGCUUAGCCUGCGCGAUAUCAUUGUAUGACGAAGAGUUCCCAUGACGCCUUCCUUUUCUCUCCUAACGGUUUCUUUUGAUUCCCCAGUUCACACACAAAGGUUGGAUGCGAUUACUUUAUUCGACUUCUACUGCUUCACUUUCGCACGCGUUCAUUCAUUCUUUCGUUUAUCCAGUAUUCAAUUCCCAGUCUUCCCGUAAUGUUGCUGCUUUCUUUUUAUAUCCAAGUUUCAUACGGACUAUUCUUCUUGUUCUUCUCAUCAAUUUCUUCACAUUUCGCCAAUGUCUCCAUGAAUCUUUUGGUUUAUUAUUCCCCGUGAAGAUAUACCACCAAUUUCUCCUUUACCACAUGUACCAGUAUAAUACCCCUUGAACCCCCAGCACAACCCUUCCCCCUCCCCCAAACAACAUUCCUAGGGUCAUGCCUGCGGUCAGGACAUGCAUGCCAGUGGAGCUGAACUGCCCAUGGCGGCGAUCCCUAGAUAAGGUGUCCAUAUCGAAUGACGUGGCC